GUAACAACAAGUGUCGUCACAGUUCGUUUAUUUUUCAUUUCAGUAUUUAUUUUAUUUAUUUAGUUAAAAUUUUUAUUUAACUUUUUCUAAAUACAUAUAUAUAUAUAUAUAUUAAAAAUAAAUAAUGGCUCGGUACUUCAAGGAACAAGAUAUCGAUGAAUUCCGUGAGUGCUUUUAUUUAUUUGCCCGUUCUGGUCAAAUUACUACAUUGGACGAAUUAACUGUUAUAAUGAGAUCAUUGGGAUUAUCUCCAACUAUUCAAGAGUUAAUUAACUAUUUAAAAAAGAAAGGUGGAAAAAUGAGUUUUGCAGAUUUUCUGGAAGUUAUGCACCAACAUUCCAAAGUUGAAAAUCUGCCGGAUGAAGUGGUGACAGCAUUUAAAGCUGCAGAUCCGCAAAAUUCCGGAGUGAUACCAGCUAGACAAUUGAGAAAUUUGCUGCAAAAUUGGGGUGAAGGUUUGUCGAUGAGAGAGGUUGAUAAUAUUUUCCGUGAAGCUAAUGUUAAUAACAACAGUAUGGUCCGUUAUUCUGAUUUCGUGAAAAUUGCAUGCGCCCCUGUACCAGAUUAUUACUAAAGGGCAUUUCGUGUUAAAAGCAUGAGCACAAAAUUUAUUAACUUAUCAAACAUUCUACACAUUGCCUAUUCAUUUCAAAUAUUUUAUAGUAAAAACUUAAGGCCCAACUAUAAUAUGCAUACACUAGCUUAAGUCAGCUUAAGCAACUGUGCGAAUACAUAUAAAAUGUAUGUGACAAACUAUAAUGUACUUAAGAGAGUUUCGUCAAGUUUCGUCAAAUUUUAUUUGCUUAAGCAAAGUGCGAAGCUGGUCGCACAUUCCGUACGGAAUCAGCUGUUUGUUUAUUUUAUACAAAAAAAAAUUAAUUUAUUUUGAUAAAAUAAUAAGAAAUACUUAUUUUUUUAAUUGCAUGUUGCACAUAAAUUGUUUUGAAUGCACGUAAGUACAUUAUGGCCACCUAAAAGUUUCUUCGGAUUUCCUUAAGCAUUUGACAGACUUUUCGUUCGGUUUUGACAUUACCUUAAGCUAGCUUAUGCAUAUUAUAAUUAAUCUUAAAAAUAUAUUUUUAUAAUACUAUAUCAUUUCAAAUGUAAUACAUAUUUAUAUUUUGGCCUAGAAUGGCUUUGUAUUACAAUCUUGAAUAAAUAAAUAAAAUUAUUCAACGUUAUUUAAUUUAUUUAUAUUUAAAA